AUAAUAAUAAUAAUAAUAAUAAUAAAUCGUCUUUAUUCAGCAAAUUCUUUACAAAAAUUUGCCCCAAGAAGGCGAAGAUUAGCUUUAAGCUAUUCUUUAACUCUUAACCUUCUUAGUUUACAUUAUAAGAACAAAUAUAUAAAUAAAAUAACAUUUAAUUUAACAUCUUAUGCAAGAAAAGGAAAAAAAAAAAAGAGAAGGAGAAAAUUCUAUGCCAGUGCUUAAAGAUAUAAAUUGGAAAUAAAUAUCGAAACAAAACAGUAAUAAAAUAAUAUGAAUAAAUGAAACAAAAGAAUCAAAACAAAAAAAAAAACAAAAAACAUCCCAGCAUCACUACGCAACCUGUGCUUCCAUUAGUAUAGUUUUUAUCAUUUUUCUUAAUGAAUUAAGAGACAAAGUCAAUAAAUCAGGUUUAUAUUUAUUGUAAAGACUUACAGCGUUAUAUGUGAAAGAUCGUUCGAAUAGGGCAGUAGAGUGGUGUGGAAUCGUAAGCAUUUAGUGUGUAUUAUCCUUGAGUACCCCCUUCACAAGUCAUCUGACGUAUGAAAUGUCAAAUUUGUUUUGAUUUUUUUGAAAAAAAAUUAAAUUUGUUUUGUAACCGGCGAACCGCCUUUCUUUCUCUUUCAUUAUUUUUAUCCAGCUACUGACCGUGGCUGUUUUGUGCUCAAAAUGUCUGCAUCUGCUGAAUGUAGCCUCAAAAAAGAUGAAGACCCGAAAGUCCAUGUGAUUCUGGAAGGACACAAACAACCACUGACAAGUAUAAGCUUCAACCCUAACGGGCAACAAUUUGCUACCAGUUCUCAAGAUAAGGGUAUCAUGAUAUGGACAAAAUGGUCUGAAGAAAAGCAAACGGGGCCCAACUAUCGAUACGCAGGACACGGUGACGUUGUCACUUGCUUGGACUAUUCCUCAAAUUGUAAGCUACUGGCAUCUUGCUCAAAAGAUGAAACGGUAAGGCUGUGGGCACCGACAAUUAUGGGAAAAUCCGAUGUGUUUAAAGCUCACACUUCAUCAGUGAAUACAGUAAAUUUUUCCCCUGACAGCACAAAACUACUUACCGGCUCCCACGAUAAAUCCCUUAAAAUGUGGGAUGUUGAAUCUAAACAGUUUAUUUGUAGCUUUUUGGGGCAUAACAACUGGGUUCGUUGUGCAAAAUUCUCUCCUCUGAGCAACCUAAUAGCUUCUUGCUCUGAUGACCGUACAACAAGAAUUUGGGACACCAUCAGUGGAGAAUUGAUCCACACUUUUGUAGGCAGUAAGGGGAGUCCGAACUAUGUUGCCAUGCAUAGCAAUAACAACACCAUUGCAGUGGCUCUAAACAAUGGGUCCGUAAAAAUUUUCGACAUCCGCAACAAAAAAUUGCAACAAUAUUAUGAGUUGCAUGAUAAUACAACUUGCCUGGAUUGGCAUCCAAGGGCUAAGUAUUUGCUGACUAGUGGACGAGAUGGAAAGUUGAGGAUUAUUGAUAUAAUGGAAGGAAGGCCUUUGUAUACUUUAAGUGAUAACGGGGGUGUUAUUACAUGUAAAUUUAGUCAGGAUGGGGCAUAUUUUGCUUCCGGGGUUGAUAGGACUGUGGUUGUUUGGAAAACGAAUUUUUUGAGUUAGUUCAGAUUUUUGUCAUAAGUUCAUUUAUUAUUCAGUAUUUUGUUUUAAUGAUGAAAAUAAUUUCAGUAAACUAUUUAUAGACAAUGUUUAAGUUGUUUAACAUGUACUGAGAUCUGUACCUAUACCUAAUUAUGUGUAAAAAAAUUGGGUAGGUAUCAAUAAAUUUUUUAGAAUUAGAAUAUAAAUAUGUAGUUUUUUUUGUCUUGUUCCUAGAUCAUUUAAUAUCCUUAGAGAAAUUUCAUCAUCAUCAAAAGCCUGUUUUCAUUCAUUGAACUGCAUCAACAAGAUAUUCAAAAAAGCUUUUUCAGAGGUUGCAACAGCCAAAUCUGUGUGAUUUGCCUAGUUGACUUUAGAAGAUUAUUCAAGGAGGCUGUCAAAUAGUGGAUAAUAUUCUAUUUCAUAUUCAGAUAGUAUCCUUUAUCAUGAAAUAUAUGAGAAUUUCAGAGAUUGUUAGAAGGCUUCCUCACUUUACGUACUUUCCAAGUAUGGGUGGAUUCUUUACUUUCAAACAAGUGCAAAGUACACAGCAGUGUUCCUCGGGGAUCCCAAAUUCAAUUAUUUCUAUGAACAAACAGGAAUAACAUCAGUAACAAAACAACAAGACCUAAGAGUCAGUGUUUAACAUCUGACCUAAAAUCGCGAGG